AGCCAUUUCAAGCCGACAUUUCAGAUGUGGCAGCCUUGAGCUGAGGUUGAAGUUCUCCCAGAUCAGCCGUGGUCUCUCCUCUCCAGCCACCCAACUUGACCCCACUUCCCCUGCCCAGGCCCAGCCUUGUAGCUGUCUCUCAGCACACCCCAGAAGGUGCCCCAUCAGCAGGCCUGGAGAGCAGUGGGCUUUGCCCCACCUAGGGUGGUCAGCUGUACUGCAGGAGACUGGAUGGAAACUCACCUGGGUUCAAGGCUCUGCCGUGUGGGACCUUAGACCAUGGCUCCUUGGCCUGAGUUGGAAAAUGGCCAGCCUACCUCAGAGAAAUACACUGUAAAGGCCGAUGGUGAGCAGUCUGCCAAGCCUGAGAAAGCUAAGGAGACUGAAAAAGAUGACACCGGCACCCCUAUCACCAAGAUAGAAUUUGUGCCAUCUCAUUCCACUGCGACACUGAUUGAGGAGCCCACCGAAGUGGAAGACCCCUGGGACCUGCCCGAGCUUAAGGACACGGGGAUCAAGUGGUCAGAGAGAGACACCAAAGGGAAGAUUCUCUGCGUCUUCCAAGGGAUUGGGAAAUUUAUUUUACUUCUGGUGUUUCUCUACUUCUUCGUGUGCUCCUUGGAUGUCCUGAGCAGUGCCUUCCAGCUGGUUGGAGGAAAGGUAGCUGGGAAAUUCUUCAACAACAACUCCAUCAUGUCUAAUCCCUUGGCGGGGAUGGUGAUUGGGGUGCUGGUGACGGUCCUGGUGCAGAGUUCCAGCACCUCCACGUCCAUCGUCGUCAGCAUGGUGGCCUCCUCACUGCUGCCCGUGAAUGCUGCCAUUCCCAUUAUCAUGGGAGCCAACAUUGGGACUUCAAUUACCAACACCAUCGUGGCGCUCAUGCAGGCAGGAGACCGGAAAGAGUUCAGAAGGGCCUUUGCAGGGGCCACUGUCCAUGACUUCUUCAACUGGCUGUCCGUGCUGGUGCUCUUGCCUCUGGAGGCCGCCACCGGUUACCUGGAGCGCCUGACCAACCUAAUAGUGGACAGCUUCCACUUCAAGAAUGGAGAGGAAGCCCCAGAACUUCUGAAAGUUAUCACAGAUCCCUUCACAAAGCUCAUUAUCCAGCUGGAUAAAAGUAUUCUCAACCAAAUUGCAAUGAAUGAUGAGUCGGUCCAAAACAAAAGUAUGAUCAAGAUUUGGUGCAAAACUUUUACCAACGUGACUGAGAGAAAUGUCACCGUCCCCUCGCCUGAGAACUGCACCUCCCCUUCUCUCUGUUGGACGGAUGGUUUGUACACCUGGACCAUCAAGAACGUGACCUACAAGGAGAACAUUGCCAAGUGCCAGCACAUCUUCGUGAAUUUCAACCUCUCAGAUGCUAUUGUUGGCACCAUCCUGCUGAUCACCUCCCUGCUGAUCCUCUGUACCUGCCUGAUCCUAAUUGUCAAGCUCCUGGGCUCUGUGCUCAGGGGGCAGGUGGCUGCUGUCAUCAAGAAGACAAUCAACACUGAUUUCCCUUACCCCUUUAGCUGGGUGACUGGCUACCUGGCCAUCCUUGUGGGGGCAGGCAUGACCUUCAUCGUUCAGAGCAGCUCUGUGUUCACGUCUGCUAUGACCCCACUGAUCGGUAUCGGUGUGAUAUCCAUUCAAAGAGCAUAUCCACUAACGCUAGGUGCCAACAUUGGCACCACCACCACCGCCAUCUUGGCCGCCUUAGCCAGCCCAGGCAGUACUUUGAGAAGCUCACUCCAGAUUGCCUUGUGCCACUUUUUCUUCAACAUCUCAGGCAUCAUCCUGUGGUACCCAAUCCCGUUCACUCGCCUGCCCAUCCGCCUGGCCAAAGGGCUGGGCAACAUCUCAUCUAAGUACCGCUGGUUCGCCAUCGUCUACUUGAUCAUCUUCUUCUUCCUGAUCCCUCUGGCGGUGUUUGGCCUCUCCCUGAUUGGCUGGCCAGUGCUGGUGGGCGUGGCGUCGCCCAUCGUCCUUGUGAUCUUACUGGUGGUGGUCCUCAAGAUCCUGCAGUCCUUCUGCCCUGGCUCCUUGCCGCAGAAGCUCCGAAGCUGGGACUUCCUGCCCUUUUGGAUGCGCUCCCUGGAGCCCUGGGACAAGCUCAUCACCUCCCUCACCAGCUGCUUCCAGAGGCGCUGCUGCUGCUGCUGCCGGGUCUGCUGCCGCGUCUGCUGUGGGCUGUGUGGCUGCUCCAAGUGCUGCCGUUGCAGCAAGUGCUGCGAAGACCUGGAGGAGGUGAAGGACGAGCCGGUCAAGUCCCCUGAGGCAUUCAAUAACUUGGCCAUGGACAAAGAGGCCCAGGAUGGGGUCACUAAGUCUGAAGUGGAUGCCUCAGGCACCAAAAUCGUUUCCAGCGUCACAGCCUUGUAGGUAGGGGCUGCCCGGAGCGGGGAGGAGGGCCCUAUAGUCCACACGCUCUUGCUCCCUCCUGGUUCUUCCUGCAUUUCAGGGGAAUUCCUUCCCCACUGAGAAAUGACAUCCAUCCCAGCUCUCA